GCUGUUUCUGGGCGGCUCUUCUGGUUCUGCAUGUCUUCCGCUUAUCCCGGUUCAAUUUUUCCAACGCUCCUCUGAUUUGUGCAGCUCAUCCGCCACGAUCACCUUCCGAGCGGGUGAAUUGAGCACAAAUUCGUGUAUACCCGAAGUCAACUGAGACAUUGUCUUCGUCACCACUGAGACGUGUAUAUUGACGCUUCUUGUCAUCGAUCGUCCCAUUCUCCAGGGAUCUGAACCUGCUCCGCCAACCCUUCUUGUUCCCAAAUCCAGGGCACAUGCUUCCCAGUUCUUGGCAGGUACCAUGACCACGUUUUCCAGCACCAACAAGCAUGUUGGUCGACUAUUCAGACUCGAGCUCCGACAGCGACAGCCACCCUAGCGACCACACAACAGGCCGUCGGAAGCGAAAGGCUGAAGACGUUGAGGUUGUCAAGCUCGACGGCAGGCGACCUCCACCAUUGCCUGCCUCGUUCCGUUCAUUGUAUGCUACGAACGUGAGGACUUUUGCAAGCGAUGAUCCUGCUCUGCAUGCUGGUCGAACCCGGCAGGUGCCUCACGCCAUAGGUAAUUGGCCAACCCAUGCUUAUCUUGAAUGGUAUCCUUCAAAGCCUGAGCUAGUCCAGCUUGACAAAGUGAUAAAGCACGCAGAAUGGUCCAAUACCUGCGAUAGCUUUCACAACUUCCUACGCUCUGAUUUAGGGGCACCGCAGCCACUCCAUAUCAGUCUAUCAGCUCCACUUGUUCUGAAGACAGAUCAAAAGGAUGCUUUCCAGGAGACCAUACUUUCAGAAAUUUCCCGGAGCGAGGUGAAGCCUUUCCAUGUUCAGGCUACUGGACUAGAUUGGUUUGCGAACUACGAGAGAAGCAGGUUUUUCCUGGCGUUAAAGCUCAGUAGACCCUCCAACAACGAUUUGAACAAGCUAUUAUCGGCAUCUAAUGCAGCUGCUCGGCAAUUUGGACUCGCAGAGCUGUAUGACAACGACUCGAAGAAAUCAGACAAGGACAUUUCGAAAACUCAACAAACCAUGAUUGACAGGUCAGAUGCUUUCCAUAUAAGUAUUGCCUGGACUGUAAAAGAGCCUGAUAAGGAAACUCGACAGCAACUUGUCAAUCUCGAAGACGACUACUUGAAAACGCUGAUGGUGAGCUUCUCAGCCCUCAAGCUCAAAAUGGGUAAUGUCGUGAUUGGCAUUCCAUUCACCAAAUGUCGCGAUACAAGCACAGAAUGAUCCUGCCGCUCAUUUCUGCGUGGGAAUCUCCAGCUCGAUCUCUAUGAUCGUAACAACCAUCCCAGGUGUGGUAUGCCUCAUAUGCCCAGUGGCUGCGCAUUGACUGUCCGGCAAGGCCUCGGGGUGCUCACCGGUAACCUGCCAUGGCCGAAACCAAAGUAUACUCUGCACACUCAGACUCCGCCAAGAUCGCAACGCUUCCAGCUGUCAAGAGGAUACUCCAGCACUGUUGCAUCACUUUGCAGAGGGUCACGGGGCAGACACUUCGAUGUAAAGCCAUCGGUCUUCAACCUCGUCCUGAAUAUUUCAACAACACGGCGCCACGAGUCUAACACCACGAUGUGAUGAAGAAUUCUUCCCGACUGAGCAUCGUCGGUCUUGGGAGCAGCAUCGCCGUUUACCCCUUGACAAGAGAGUUGGUGGAUGUCGUUGACGGGCCCUAAGCGGCGGACUGGAGAUAAUGAACCUCGUCGCAACUUGAAGGUGUGUAGAUGAGUGAUGCGGUGUUCAAAUAGAUCGAUCCGACAGGGCUUUCAGCUCUUCAACAACUUGUUCCUCUUUUC